GACAAGGCUCGGAUUACCUUGAGGUACGAGUAUGGAUGCAAUCCGCGAUGAGCUUCCCCGUAUCUCAGUAGAGACUAUGCAAGAUUGGAAACGCGUUCAAGCAAACUACAAUGAUGCUUUACUUUUAAGACUAGAAAAGGAGAUUGGCGCUCAGGGACUAUCACAGGAGAGAGAUGCUCUCUUGGCACAUAUACACAAGUUCUCAGCUCAAGUUUUUGGAGUAGCCCGUCCUAAUUUGCGGAUUAAUGGUCGUAAUUAUGAAGACAUGGAGGAUGACGAGGAAGAGUUGGAGCCAUUUGAUGAAGCACUAGAUCGUCACAUAUGGUCUCUGUCAGAACAGCGGCUGAAAUGGGACCGAGAGAUUGCUAGUGAACGGCGAACC